CUCACCUUGCGCAUUGGCCCAAUGGCGGACGACGAAUUUGCCGGGGAGUCGGUGGGCGAUGGCGACGAACGUGGUUCAACGAACGUGGGCAACGAGCGGAGGGAGAAAGCCUUGAUGCGCAAGCAGAUCUUGGACGAUUCCAGCGUCGCCGCCUUCUCUCAACUCGGUGCUUCCUUCUUCGCUGCUGCGCGGGCGCGGCUAGCGGAACCCAGGGCUGAGGACGUAGAGCCCACGGCUGAGGCCAUCCGCGCGCGGCACGAGCGCAUGGUGCGGAACGCCAGGUGGAGACCGAGCCUUCAUGUGGACGGUGCCGAGUCGAGUGCACGACCAGGAACUGAAGAGCUUACAGACAACAAAUUGGCAGCGCCGCAAGACGACUUUGCCAAAGCUGCGGUGCAGCGGCUGCUGUCGAAGCGAAAGUUUCAAGGCGAUGAAAAGGAAGCGAAGGAGGAAGCGCGGCCUCGCAACCUGCGCAAGACCGCCCUGUCCUUUGCGGAUGCCGAGGACGACUUCUGAGCGGAGCGAUGCGGAGCGGCCCCGAUUCGGGCGCCAUGGCGCCCCUGAGG